AUGAGCGGCGCCCAGGAGGUGAUCGAGCUGCUCACCAGCAGUGACGACUCCUCUUCCAGCGACUCAGAGCCGCGUCAACGCUUUGCGAUCCGCAGCAGGAGCGAGAAGCACAAGGCGCAACUUAAGCCAGCUAAGCGCCGUUUGGUGCAACCUGCGCGCAGGAACAAGCGCCCAGCUUCCAGUGAGAACGACAGCGGUCACAGCAGUGCAGAAAGCGAUGAAAUCGAGCAGCGGCUCGAAAACCUGCAGCGAUCUCGACGCUCUCCGGCGCCAAAGAAAGCUAAAGUUGCGCUAACGAGUCGGACCAGACCCGACCCAAAAGCGGACGGAGAGAUGCGAGAGAUCACGGAAGGCAUGAGUUUCUACGAGCUACAAGCUCAGCAGCAGAUGAUGGAGCGGAUUCAGGCCCAGAACCGUCGAAAAACCCAGCAAAAACCCGCAGAUAGGGACAAUGCAGAGCUCCAGGCCCAAAAGAGGGCGCUGAGUCAGUUCCACAUGCAAAAAGCGCGCAAAUCGGCGCCACAAAAGAGGAAAUUGGACAGUGAAAGUGAAGAAAAUGAGAAGAAGACGAGCAGUGACGAGGAAUGGGACACUUUUACCAAAAAGGCGGCACAAAGGGAAGCUUUACGUCGACAGAAGGAGCAUGCAAAGAAAAUGGGCGUUCUGUCAGUGGAAAAGGCUCGUGAAUCGGUGCAAAAGACUCAAAUUUCUCGAGAUACACUCAAAUGUAAGCAAGCAGCGCGAAAAAUGGCUUCAACUAAGCCGCAAGAGCGGAAACGCACCGUUCUCGCAAUGAAAUCCAGUAAAAUGGUACGGAAAAGUAAAAUUAUCGAUAUAAAAAAAAACCGUAAAACGAGACCUCGGAGCAGCUCAAGUGAAGAAGAAGAGAGUGAACAAGAGAGUGAAGUGGGGAGUGAGCAGAAGAGUGAAGAGGAAAGUGAAGUGGAAAGGGAAGUGGAGGUAAUUGCGUCUCCGUCGAAGCCAAUUCGUCACGAAAAAUCACCUAAACGAUCAGAAAAUGCCCUGAGUAAACACUCUCCACCUCCUGCACAAUCUCAAACUGAUGUACAAGCUACUUUACGGCUGCAUGGCACGAGCGAAACGCAGUAUUUAAAAGACAAAAUGUCUUUUUACGAGCUGCAAGAACAGGAGAAGCUGAUGGCGUUUUAUAGGUCCCAGAAGAAGAAACUCAGUACGUCUACUGCGUCCAAGGAAAAUGGACAAAAUGCCAAUAUUACAACCGAUACAACCAAGACCAAUGGCAGUGGCCGUCGCGCUCGAAUGGGAGUCAGUAACGACAAGGAGACAGUCGAUACUUCCUCGUCGCUGGCUUAUGUCGCUGCACCCGCUCGGAACGGAUUCUUGGCGUCAAAUGCGUCGUUCGUCUCUUCGACUGGCUGUAAGGCUACACCGACGGAGAAGCCUGCAAACCCUGUUAUCCACUCGACCGCUUGGCGACGUUUAGUCUUCGAAGAAGCACCGCCGAAUAUCCUACAGGGCGUGACGGCAAUUCCGUAUUCUUCUGGCUCCGAUAAACCAUUGUGGGAGUACGACAGGACUGGAAAACUCAAGAAAAAGUGCAGGUUUGUAGGUGCAGUGGGCCAAGGAGUUGCCAUAACGGAAGAUAAUUUCGAGAUACAGCCUCCAAGUCAGUCGGAAAUCAACAGUCAAGUGCGCGAUUUGGUGGACCAGGAGCUGCCUCAUAUUCAAAAAUGUUAUGCACGCAGAGUGCGUCAUGUUCUACGAGAUAUGCGAAAUCAAGUCUCUGAAUAUGCCCAAGCCCAUCAAGUUAUUCGAAGUGAACGGUACAGACGCCUCCAGUGGUCGGAAAUCGCGAACCAACAGUCCUGGAUAGACAUCGCUCCUAUCGAACGUGCCAUGGCCAAGCGGGUGCUGCAGAAUCCCACACAUACCGUGCGUCCAUACAACUAUCUGGUUGGAAAAGUGCGGUACUCCGUGCAUCAAGACGGCAUGCCUCUCGCGGCCUUAGUGUGUCCGGAGACUGUGACGCACUUGCCGAACGACAUCACCCCCAUCCGUCGCUCCUUCACUAUGAUCGGUGUCCGGAAGAACGCCUUUGUCGAGGACGACCCGAUUCUACGAUACGUGCCUUAUCUGGGCGACGGAGAGCGCAUGGUGAUCGACAAUAACCUCUACACUGAGACGACUAUGAGUAAAGAGCGUCGGAUCGCGGUGUUUGGUGAAGGAGAGGAGCUCAAGGCGCUGAAUCCUGGCGCCAGAGAUGAUGAGAUUAUGGAGUAUCUACUGCGAGUUAUCGUGGCCAAAUGUGGAGCCACCGAGCAAGUGUUUCUAGCUCUCCAACACGAAGCAGGCUUCGACCGACCACGCAUAGAUUACUGUGAAAUGAAGGAGAUCUGCAAGGCCGAACAACGCACAGCAAAGCGGAUCGCUAGAGUGAGGGAGCUGCUACAGCACUCGUCUACUACUACAGCUCUACACAGACUGUCGCAGCCGUGUUGGUUCCUACAGGAUCCAGCAUCCCAGUCCUUAUCCGAGAGGCUACAGCCUCCUCUGUCCGUCUUUGAAUCCAAUUACGCCCAAGCUCCAGACGCGCUGGGUAUACGCGAUCUCAAGACGUUCGAAGGGCUGGCCGAGUGGCAUCGGGACUUGUUCUGUCGACGCUGUUUCACUUAUGAUUGCUCGGAGCAUGGCAUCCAGAACCCUCAACGCAGUAUUCGCGCAGAUCCGGUCUAUCCGAUGGUUAACGUGCCGUGUAUUAUGCUGAACAGACCAGAGGUACUAGUCCAAGACACGGAUGACAAGAGCUCGACUUCUUCCACUUCUCCGGACGCAGAAGUCAUCGAGUUAACCGGUUCCUCGUCAGAAGAUGAAGGCAAGAGUCAACAAACCCCUGAGACUCAACCGGAGCCGCAACCGGCCGCGGAAUAUCGCCGUUCAAGACGCACUCAGACUCGGAUCAGCUCGUUGGCCACCAAUAGUUUGGUGACGCAAGAGAAACAACUGGAAUCUGAGCGACUGGCUAAGCUGGAGAAGCAACGCAAAAGACGCGAGAAGUUCGCACGCUCGGCAGAUAAUUCCGAGUAUCUGGAUAAUUCGUACCUCCCGGCUGUCACGUCUACACUGAAGAAAUUGGUGUCCAAUACGCAGCCAUGUGGCCCGUGUUGUUGGCUAUCUGCGGACGAGAAGAACUCAGCUGAAAGGUGUCCGUCUUUGAGACAGGUUGAUGCCGUUCUAGUUCGCAAACUGGUGUCGUCGCUUGGACCUAACGCGUGUGUUAUCUCCGCCAUGCUCAAGAGUCCAAGCUGUACGUGUGCGCAGAUCUCAAAGUUCUUAAUCGAAGAGAAACGUCGACGAGACAGCGGAGACGACUUGGGUACUGAUCUGUCCAUACCUGCUGAAAGACAGCGCAAAGGACGGCGUCACAGCUCUGGAGUGGGCUCGAACAGGUCUCUGGCCAAGCGCGUACGCGAACAACGCAGCUAUGAUCGCGAAAAGAAGCUCAGCUACAAGCCGUGCAACCACGACGGCGUCUGUGACGAGACGUGCGACUGCAGCAAGCGCGGCCACUCGUGCAGCAAGGCUUGUUCGUGUCCUCGAGACUGUCCGAAUCGUUAUCAAGGCUGCAAAUGCUCGUUAGGGAACUGCCAUACACAGGCUUGUCCGUGCUGGAACUCCGGACGAGAGUGCGAUCCCGACUACUGCUUCACGUGUGGAGCCAGCGACGCCGCCGUCGCCGCAUUUCACAGUGAAUUCAAGUCUUGGAGCAGCCACAAUCUCAAUAUUUGUCAAAACGUCAACAUGUUGCGUGGAAGUAUCCAGAAAAACGUCGGCGUGGCGUUCUCAGCGACGCACGGGUGGGGCGCGUAUGCACUGGAGCCGAUUCAGAAGGACGAGUUCGUGCUGGAAUACACUGGAGAACUGAUCACGGAUGAGGAGGCCGAGCGGCGAGGCGCCAUCUACGACCGCAAGUCGGUGAGCUACUUGUUCGGUGUCAAUAGCGAGUACGUGGUGGACGCGGCCAGGAAAGGCAACAAGGCCAAGUUCGCGAAUCAUAAAGCCAAAGAGGUGGCGAAUCUGGACGUCCGCAUCAUUUCUUCCAACGGAGAGGACAGGAUUGGACUCUUUGCGAACGAGUCUAUUGCGGUGGGCGAGGAACUGUUCUUCGAUUAUGGCUACACACACGACAGUGCGCCGAAGUGGAGCCAACAUGACAAGCCAAAACAACUCGAGAAACGGGUUUACGACGUUGUCGAUGACGAGAACGAGUGGGAACAAUGGGAAUAG